AAUGGUAGCAUGCUAGCACAAAGCAACCUUCAGGUAGUUGCUUGAAUCCCAGGCAAAAUUGUAAAAAUACUUUUGCGGAGAAUGUCAAAUGUGUAUAUAAUCAGUGUGAUAUAUGAUUUAUCAUAUAUCACACUGAUUUUAUUUUAGAAGCACUGUGACUCAUUGUUGUUGUUGUUUUUUUCUAGCAUGUAGCUCCUAAGUGCUAAAUCUUGUCAAAUACACCUUCCGUUGACUUUCCGUCAAAUUUUCAAAAGUCAGUUUGUGUUAACUGUAGUUAACUGUUUACUUCUCUCUUAGAGGAUUGCGGAUGAAUAAGAACAUUUUACUGCAAAAUCUAAGUACUCACGCAAGCUAGCACAGUUAGCAUCAAACAUCUGCCUGAAUCACAGUCCAAACUGUAAAAAUGUGUUAAGGAGGGGGGGGAAAAAUGAAGCGUAAGGUUGCUCUGAAUGAUAAAACAAAACUAAAACUGUAAUUUCUGUGGGAAAUGAGCGAGCUUGCACUUUAACUUUUUGAGAAUAAGUUUGAACUUUUGUCACUUGACCUGAGCGAGGAAUUGAAGUGAGGUAAAAGGGGAAGAGAAAGUCCAGAUGAAGACUCGAUCGAGCCAAGAAAGGAAAAACAAACUCAAGUACUUCCCUAGCAAUGAUGUCAAUGAACUCCAGUUGCACAGAUCAUCAUAAAGUGUCAAUAUACAGUAGGUGUGUUCGUGUCCAACCAAUCACAACCCAGAUAACUUCCUGUGUUAUUCAGAGAAAAAUGCAUUGGUCAUUUCAUGUGAAAGCAGAUCCCCUCAAACUUUUUGCAGUUUUCUAUCGUCACGGUUUCAAGGAAAAACACUGCUCAACAUGGAUUCCAUGGAACUUGAUGACUGCGCCGAUUCAAAUAAGAACUUUACGAUGCAAGGGUUCGUCACCAAAGGGAAUUUUCAACAAAGAAACAAGUCAUCCAGAUGUGUCACUGUGUGUCUUGGUUUACUGUGCGCUGUCUCACUGGCCGGUAACAUUGGACAAUUCAUCUACUACGAGCUAAUGCCUGGUUUUUCAAUGCGGGACCGGGCUAAUUCUGAUCAUCUGACUCAAGACCUCCAUCUCAACAGCGACAUGUUUCCCACAGAUAGAGACCACGUGGAGAGAAACCAGCUUGAGGUCAUGUUGAAUAAUCUGACAAGGAACAAAGAGCAGUUACAGGCCAGUUACGAAUCCCUUGUUGAAGAGAAACAACAGUUGGAGAACAGCUACAAUUCACUGGUGAAAGAGAGAGAUAGACUCCUCGGCAGCGAAACAGUUUGGACUGCCGAGAGAGACGAGUUGAGGACCAACUUCCAGAGUGUGAAGCAGCAACAUGAUCAGUUGCAGACUAAUUACAGUCUCCUAAACACAGAGAAUGAUGUGCUACAAACCUUAAAUAGUGCACUGGGGACAGACAAAUACCAGUUACAGGCUAGUUAUGAGUCCCUUGUUAAAGAGAAAGACCAGUUGCAGACGCGUUACGAUUCUCUUGUUAAAGAGCAAGCACACCUUCAAACCAGUAAAACUACUGUGGCUCCUGAACGGGAUGAGCUAACGUCCAGCCUAAACAGUCUUAAAAAUGAGAAAGACCAGUUACAACGCAGUUACUCUUCAUUAAGAAGCGAGACGGACCAGUUACAGGCCAGUUACGAGUCCCUCGUCAAAGACAAAGACCAGUUACAGACAAGCUGUGAUUCCCUCAUUACAGAAAAAGAACGCCUUCAGACUAGUCAAACCACUGUGGCUGUUGAGUUCAAGUCCUGCUUCCACACUCUGAAAAAUGAGAAAGACUACUUCCAACGCAAUUACUCUUCACUGAGAAGCGAGAAAGACCAGUUACAGGCCCGUUAUGAGUCCCUCGUCAAAGAGAAAGAUGUAUUACAGACCAGCUACGAUUCCCUCAUUAGAGAAAAAGAGCUUCUGCUAACGAAUAAAACCAAUGUAGCUGCCGAAAGAGAUCAGUUCAAGUCCCGCUUCAACAAUCUGAAAAUUGAGAAAGACCAGUUGCAACGAGAUUACGCUUCACUGAGGAAUGACAAAGACCUGUUACAGGUCAGUUACGGCUCCCUGGUUAAAGAGAAAGAACACCUUCAAACCAGUAAAACCACCUUGUCUGCUGAAAGAGAUCAGUUUAGGUCCCGCUACGACAAUCUGAAAAAUGAGAAAGACCAGUUGCAGCGAGAUUACGCUUCACUAAGGAAUGACAAAGACCUGUUACAGGUCAGUUACGGCUCCUUGGUUAAAGAGAAGGACCAGUUACAAGCCCGUUACAAUUCCCUCGAUCAAGAGAAAAAACUUCUCCUUGCAAGUGAGACCACUUUGUCAACUGAAAGAGAUCAGUUGAGGUCCCGCUUUAACAAUCUGAAAAAUGAGCAAGAUCAGCUACAACGCAGUUAUUCUUCACUGAGAAGCGAAAAAGACCAGUUACAGACCCGUUACGCAUCACUCGUUCAAGAGAAAGCGGGACUUCUAACCAAUAACACCAAUGUGGCUGCUGAGAGAGAUGUGUUCAAGUCCCUCUACAAUGAUAUUAAAGAUGACAGAGCGCAUUUACAGAACAAUUACACUUUGCUGGAGGCUGACAGAGACCGGCUGGAAAGAAAUAACACAGCAUUGAGCAUCAGUGAAAGUAUGUGUCAGAUCAGGUACUGGCUCCUGCAAAGACAAAAGGAGCACAUUCACAACGACUGCGACACUCUGCGGGUUGAACAUGAGCAGCUUCGCGGAAACCAAAGCAGCCUUGAGAGACAAAGGUACGAGUUGCAGAAGAACGUGGACAAGAUGACCGCCAAGCUGAGCUACAUGCUCUGUGGGGUCGGCUGGAGAAAGUUUGACGGCAACUGCUACUUUGUGUCAAGCUUGAGUAAGAACUGGGCGGAAAGCAGACAAGACUGCAUCAGCAAGGGAGGCGAUCUGGUUAUUAUAAACAGCAAGGAGGAACAGGUAUUUGUUAAUGGUUUAUUGGUGCAAGGCCAGCAGGCGUGGAUUGGUCUGAGCGACCAAAUCGAGGAAGGAACGUGGAUUUGGGUGGAUGGGACUCCUCUCACCACAGAGUUCUGGAAGAAGGGUCAGCCCAACAACAAACGGAACCAGGACUGCGCUGAAAGCCAGAGCAAAUCCCUUUUCAAGUUCGGAGGCUGGAAUGACGAUAGGUGUUCCCUUAAACAACGAUGGAUUUGUGAGAUUUGAAGACAAUAUGUAGCUUGAGUGCUAACCCAUUAGACUUAAUGGAUACCUGCAGAUACAGUACAUCUAUUUGUGUUGAAUUACUUUCAGAAGAAUGCAAAAUGAUUGAACCUUAUGAUUUGUUUUUUAGUCCUAUUUUUAUGUGAAAAUGAAAACAUGAUUUAUUUGGGUAAAUCACCCUCAUACAGGCUUUGUAUACAAACUACACUGUUCACCAUGCAUGUAAAUAAAAUUAUACAACAAAGUUCA